UUAUAUUUAUAUCCACAUGCUGUGAUGAUAUUAGAUUAAAAAUAGAAUUAGAUGUACGUAUCAUAUGCAGAAUUGUGCUUUUAUAGUUCUUUUAUUUCUUGCUCCUAACAUGAAAACUUGAGCGGGAAAGGAUCUAUCAAAAUUUAUGAUUACCGGCACUUUCUUUACUGCCUGCGUCUGCCUCAAUGGUUCAGUACAUCAUGAUGACUCCAAUGGAUGUUUUGAUUUAUGCUCAUGCCGAUGUUGCCAACACACUUAAGCAGUUUGGCUUUGAAGCUCAGAAUUACACACCAGCAGAUGCUAUCGGGGACUCACUAAAUCUUCAACCUGGUGCUGAGGAUUGCUUCCCUUGGACUGAAGAAGAAGAUAAGAUUUCCUCAAGUGAUGUGGUUACAAAAACUGUCAAACAGCUAACCAGAUUGCAUGAGCUCCGCUCUGAACUUCACGAGGCCAAGAACAAAUUGCAUCAAGCCAGACUGAGCCAGCAGUCUUCUAACCUGCUCAACAUACAUAAUUUAGAGGAGCGAAUCAGCUGGUGUUCUGUAACCAUGGACCACUUGGCCAGCCUGAGCAGCAAGAGGGAUCUGCUACUGUACUACCUACAGCAGCCCCCUGCUCACUCCUGCCUGACCAUGCCACGCAAGCACCACCGUGAGUUUGAGGAGCUACUACAGGGUUUGUGUCAAAUCAUCAACAACACGUGCACCAAUGCCAGCCUCGUUCAGCGCUGCCCUGACAACUGCUUGCCUUCCACUAUAGAGAGCUGCGUGAGUGCUUUGUCCCAGCUACACGGGUCUCUGCGGAUGCUGCUCAUGGACUUAUCUUCACUGGAGCAACUUCCCAAUUCCCAGAAGAGUGUUCAGGAGAAAAGUUGACACUAACAUGCUUGCAUAAAUCAUGGAUUUUUGUAUAAUAGACGAAGCCGAUGAGACUUUAAAUAGUUAGAACGCUUAUUGGAUGUGUCAGUUACACCUGAUAGCUGAGCUGAUUCAGUAUUUGCUGUAUGUGUUUGACAAUAUUGUUGAUCUGAGGCUUCAGCCCAUUAAUAGCCAUGCUCUUCAGAGUCUGGAAAUUUCACGCCCCAUUUUUAUCGAGCGGUAAAUGUCUUGCCAAUUCUUGAUUGAUGUUAAAUUGUUUUAAAUUCUUACUAGAUUCUACUGAUAUGUUCCUUAUCUUUAACGAAAGAAAUUGGAAAGGAAACGGAUUUUUCAAGAAAGGAUGCCAUUUACUAAUUAAAGUGGUCAAACAGAACAACUAUUGUACAUCAUACAAACGCUUUACUGGUCAAGAAACUGUACUUUAGUUGAGGACUAAAAGGAAUAAAAUAGGUUGCGGUAGCCUAAGUAUCCUUUGGUAUGGAGGAAAUGCUCGGCCGAUCAGAGUAUCGACUUGCACAAUCCCGGGACAUGCACCGAUCACAAGAAGUUUUGUAAUGCGAAGUUAAUAAAUUGAACAAUAUCUGCAAUAUUUGUUCCUGUGAUGCACUGAAAUCUGGCAUUAAGGUUUCAGAGACGUAACUUGACCGGCAGUCAUUGUCACAGUUGAAGAUGAAAUGCAUUCCAGUAAAUACAAACUGGCCGCGCUAAAAAAACUCAACCAAUUAAACUGCUCUUGGCAACCGAUGUGAGGAUAAAUAAACGCACAAAACGUUCAGAAACUCGUAUUACUGUGGCCAUAUUCAUACUUAACUUUCAAGUUGUAACGCAAAUCAAAUAAAACAUUCAAGGA